ACAAUAUUUUUUUUCUUUUGUUUUUAAAGGUUAAUUUUUUUGUGACAAAUAAUAUUAUUUGAUUAAUUAAAUUAUAAGCAACAACUAAGAUCUACCAAUCAAACGAAACAACUAUUUUUUUUAAAAUUUUUUGUACCAUUUUUAAUAUCUUUUUAUCUUUAUCAUUUUUUAGGAAUUAUCUAUAUCAAUUUUGUUUUUAUAGUUUUUUUCUUCACAAUUUUAAAUCAUAAGAACUCCUUUACCAAAUCAAAAACAAAGAACAUUAACACCUUUAUCAAGUCAUCAAAAUAAGAAACUCCUUAUUAUCCGAAAUCCAAAAUACAUUCCUUUAAAUGAUUUACUUCUUUUUCAAGAAUCAAAUCAAUCUUAUUAUAUUUUUCGAAUUAAUGGAUAAAUCCCUUAACUUUAGUAAUUUUAUUCUUAUCCCCUUUUUUUAUGAUUUUUAUGAAUUUGUUUUUUUAUUCUUAUCCAUCUCUCUACCAACUCCUUCUAUAAAUAUUUACCACCAAACCCCAUUCUUGUAUCACCUCUGUCACUCCCAAAACCCAAAACACUUUUUUUUCUCUCUCAAAAUUCACUCACUUUUCAAUGGCUUCAAGCAAUGGCAUCCCAACCACAGGCACUGGUCUCAUCGUCAGCUUCGGUGAGAUGCUGAUCGACUUUGUCCCAACAGUCUCCGGGGUCUCCCUCGCAGAAGCCCCCGGUUUCCUCAAAGCUCCCGGCGGUGCACCAGCGAACGUCGCCAUCGCUGUUUCCCGAUUAGGCGGUAAAGCUGCCUUUGUCGGGAAACUAGGCGAUGACGAGUUCGGUCACAUGCUUGCCGGGAUCUUAAAGGAAAACGGUGUGGUUGCCGAAGGUAUAACCUUUGACCAAGGUGCACGUACUGCUUUGGCGUUUGUUACUCUACGCGCCGAUGGAGAGCGUGAGUUUAUGUUUUAUAGAAAUCCAAGUGCUGACAUGCUUCUUAAACCUGAAGAACUCAAUCUCGAACUCAUCAGAUCUGCUAAAGUUUUCCACUAUGGAUCCAUAAGCUUGAUUGUGGAGCCAUGUAGAUCAGCACACUUGAAGGCAUUGGAAGUUGCCAAAGAGGCUGGCUGCCUUCUCUCCUAUGAUCCUAACCUUCGCCUACCCUUGUGGCCCUCGGCCGAUGAAGCUCGCAAGCAAAUACUGAGUAUUUGGGAAAAGGCUGAUCUAAUUAAGGUUAGUGAUAAUGAGCUGGAGUUCCUCACUGGAAGUGACAAAAUUGAUGAUGCUACUGCUUUGACAUUGUGGCACCCAAAUUUGAAGUUGCUCCUUGUCACUCUUGGUGAACAUGGCGCAAGAUACUACACCAAGAAUUUCCAUGGACAAGUAGAUGGAUUCAAAGUUAACACAGUUGAUACAACUGGUGCUGGUGAUUCUUUUGUUGGUGCUCUAUUGGCCAAGAUUGUUGAUGAUCAGGCCAUACUAGAAGAUGAAUCAAGGCUAAGAGAAGUACUCAAGUUUGCAAAUGCAUGUGGAGCAAUCACAACUACUAAAAAGGGAGCAAUUCCUGCUCUUCCCAAGGAGGAGGAUGUACUCAACCUGAUCAAAGCAUAGAUUCCUGCAUAUUUACUUUUCUUUCCAUUUUUUUUUUCCACCUUUUCAUUGUUGUUGCUCUUAAUCAAUUUAAGAGAGAAUUUGUCUCUAAUUUUCUUUGUUAUUUCUUUAUUUUCUGAAUCAGACAUCAAAAUUAUUGCCGAGUUUGGCCAAAUAAUGUUUAGGGAGUUUUGAUGAGUUAUUGAAUGAAAAUUUGAUUCAAGAGUAUUGCUGCUUCUUAAUCCA